AUGCUUUGUUUUGUUCAUCAAGUUCCAUUUCAAUCCUUACCAACAAGAAGAAUGAACGAUUCCACUCGACGACGACAACAGACACAUUUCGAAACUGUGGACAUGUCGAUGAGCAGUGCAAGCUCGACGACUUCUCACAUGAAUAUGGAAACAUGUCCUUCUUCUCGAAUGAAACAUCUUGUUUCUAACCGUUCGACCGAAGAACUGUCACAUGCCAAUGUACCCUAUGUCCAUACAAAUUCUACUGUACGAAUGAUGGUAUCAACGGUGAUGAAUCCCAUUCGAACAGUGGUCAUCACACCUGCCAUGCAUGCUUGUUGUCCUUCACCUCCGUUGUCCAAUCAAGAUUCUGACAAGUCAAAAACUUGGAAAACGUCCUCCAACCAAAAAACUAAUUCUCCUCGUCGAAAUUCGUCUCCAAAAUCUGUUUCUCCACGUGCUGCUUCUCCUAAUACUAACUCGUCUAGUUCUGGGAUCAAAAAACAACACAAAUCGAAUACUCUCUCUCAAAAAGGUUCUUCGAAAAGUAAAAUUUCAUUGUCGGCCUCUGAUUUGAUUCGAGUGAUGGCACUCCCUCAAUCCAUGGCUGCAAAAGAGUUGGGUGUGAGUUUAUCAACGUUAAAAAGAAGAUUCUAUGAUUUGAAAAUGGGUCGAUGGCCUGGAUUGGCUAAUCCAACUGGUUUUUCUCAUUAUUGCUCGAGUUUGGCAUCUGACAGUUCUUCUGUCCAUUCUAACGAUGCUUUGUCGAGUUCGAGUGCGAAUCAUUCACGAAAAGCCGAAUUGUCAUAUAUUAUGAAUCCAACAAAUUUGGAAGAGAGUUAUUUGGAUCAAAUUGCUCUUGCUGUGUUGAAUAUUAGUUUUAAACAAAAUGUUUGUAAAUAA